AGGAUGCUCAUAGAGGUACCGUCCAGUACAUGCUAUGAACACCUAUCACUCAGUUAAUAUUCCAAAUUACCUGUAAAAUGUCGGAGGUGUUAGGUAUCGGUGAUUACCUGACAAUAGCUGGGUAUUUCCUACUUGUUUUAGCUGUUGGGCUCUGGUCGUCAUGCCGACCACAUCGAGACAGUGCAGCUGGAUACUUUUUGGCGGGAAAAAACAUGCACUGGAUACCCGUCGGUUGUUCUAUAUUUGCCAGUAAUGUCGGAGCUCCAAUGUUUAUUGGUUUAGCAGGUGCUGCCGCAGCAUCCGGAUUCGCGGUCACCAUUUUUGAAUGGCAUGGUGUGUUUCUGCUGAUUUCUCUAGGCUGGUUAUUUGUUCCCGUUUAUGUUUCCAGUGGGGCCUAUACUAUGCCAGAAUUUCUGAAGAAACGUUUUGGUGGACGACGAUUGCGGAUCUAUUUAUCUGCAUUGGCUUUAGUAUUAUAUGUCCUCACUAAAAUAUCUAUGGAACUGUAUGCUGGUGCUAUAUUCAUGCAACAAUUAAUGGGUUGGAAUAUAUAUCUGUGUAUUGUACUCAUAUUGGUAGUGACAGCUCUAUAUACCAUAACAGGUGGAUUGACAGCUGUGAUGUACACGGAUACACUACAAACUGUUAUAUUAAUGAUAGGAGCUACAGUUCUAAUGAUUAUUGGUUUAAUAGAGGUCGAUGGAAUGACUGGUUUAAUGGACAGAUAUAUGACGGCAGCAGCAAAUAGUACAAUAGAGAAUCAAACUUUCUACAGAUGUGGUUUACCACGCAACGAUUCGUUUCAUAUAUUUAGAGAUAUAGAGACUGGUGAUAUACCGUGGACGGGUUCGGUGUUUGGUAUAACUAUUAUUGGAAUGUGGGUUUGGUGCACGGAUCAGAUUAUGGUACAGAGAUGUUUAUCAGCAAAGGAUUUUACUCAUGCCAAGUCUGGUAGUUUAUUUGCAGCCUUUUUAAAGAUAACACCCUUCUUCUUGUGGAUUAUACCGGGGAUGAUCAGCAGGAUUCUUUAUCCAGAUGAAGUAGCUUGUGCCUCACCAGAAGAAUGUAAAGCUGUUUGUGGUAAUCCAGCUGGAUGUAGUAAUAUAGCAUAUCCUUUGUUAGUGAUUCGUCUCCUACCUGAAGGGCUACGUGGACUGAUGUUAGCCGCUCUAAUGGCAGCCUUGAUGAGUUCUUUGACUUCAAUCUUCAACAGCGCCAGUAGUAUGUUUACGAUGGAUAUAUGGCGGCGAUUUAGAAAUAAAGCCUCCGAAAACGAACUGAUGGUAGUUGGUCGUGUAGCAGCGGGAACAUGCGUGGGUUGUAGUAUACUGUGGCUGCCGAUACUAGAGAGUACUCAGGGAGGGCAACUCUGGAUGUAUCUUCAAGUCAUCACAUCCUGCAUAGCACCACCAUGGACAGUUUUGUUUGUUCUGGCUAUAUUUUGGAAACGUACAACCGAACAGGGUGCUUUCUGGGGAUUAAUGGCUGGACUAGUGGUUGGUAUGAUACGUUUAGUUUUAGAAAUCUAUUUUACGGUGCCGUUUUGUGGUAGUGGUGAUGCCGAUACCAGACCUUUGAUUCUCAGUAAAGUUCAUUUUUCACAUUUUGCCAUCAUCAUAGCUGGUGUUUGUGGGAUAGUUACAGUAUUAGUUAGUUUAUUAACUGAAGCAAGACCCGACGAAAAGCUAAGACGUGUCACGUGGUGGACAAGGCAUGACUCCUUGGAGCCAGAUAUAUCUGAUUCAGAAGACGAAGAGGAUGAGAACGAGGACAUGACGAAAGGUAACAAUGGCGCUGAAUUACCAAGUAAAAUGUCCCCUGUAAGUUUAAACCAGGACGGUCACCAUCAACAAGCACGUCUAAACGAAAAAGGAAUAGAGACAAUCAUAAUUGCGAAGAAAUCUUAUCAGGAAGUUUUAAAGAAUUGGUUGUGUGGAACGCAGGUGAACAGGAAACCAAAGUUAUCAGCCGAAGAACGCGCCAUUAUCAGACAGAAGAUGACGUCAUUAUCAGAAAAUCCACGAAAAAAGAAACUAUUAAAUGGUUUAGGGUUAAUACUGAUGUUAUUCACGACCUUUAUGUUUGGGGUUUAUAUGUAAAUAUAUUAUUUGUAGGGUAUAUAAACGUAUUCUACUGUUAAACUAUUGGUUUUAAUUUUAAAUCUUAAAAGUGUUCUAACUCAGGGAGUUUGCAAUAAACAGUAAAUUAUUAACAUUGUGAGAGAUACAAAUUGACAAUUUGAUCAUUUUGAAGGAAAAGAUAUAAGAAAGUAAAUUUUUGAAAAAGAUUCCAAUCCAAUAUUUUUAAUAUUCUUGAUGUGAGUUGUUUGAAAAUCUUUAUAUCUUUUUACAAAAUUAACAAAGAAUCUUAGAGUCUAGAACAAAAGGUCGAUCGACCCCAGCUUCAACCAUGUUUUAAAAAGAACACCAGACUUUUAAGUGUCACCAUUUUUGCCUUCAGUAUUUUAUUUUGUUUCUGUAUUAUAAAAAUGUUGCUAGAAUAAAGGUAUG